CCUGGCUCUGGAAGCUCUGCUCCACCAUAUAUCGUCUUGACGCAAUCUCCCACGAUCUGCGGAGUAAAAGACGCAACGCUUUGCCCAGCCCAGAAGGCUCCGCAGAUGGAAGUCAGGACUCCGGCGACCAGGUUGUGUGCAAAGACUUCUCCGUUCUCGCCCUCUGCGUUUGCUUGUGCUGCUAAGCUAGAAUCGAGACUUGCUGCAAAGGUUCGGACAUCGUCGGAAAGGGCGCGGAUGCGAAUAUCAGCAUUCCUCCUCUUGAUGUGGUCGUCUGAAUCCGUAGCGUGCGUUCCUCCUAUGAGUAUAGUGAAGCAGAGCAGGAAGGUGAUGAGAAAAGCAGAUUUGGUAGGAUGCUUCGUCGUCGAGCUUCCGGUAAACUGCACUGGGCCCGUACUCGUAGGCUUCGAACUUGUAGGCUUCGACGUGGGAGCUGUCCUGCUACUCGACGAAACACUGAUAGGACAGUCGCUGCUGGAAGAGGUGUCCUUGACCGUUGUUCCGUCUUUCGUCCCAUCACUCUGUACCUGAAAGCUCUUACAAUCCGAAAGGAUGAUGUCUUGCUGCUGUUGUACGAGAACGUCGGCGUGAUUCGGAGGUGGCUUUUGCGAGUCUGGUGCGUUUUGGUUGAAUGUGAAGUUGGAUUGAGGGAUUACAGGCUACGUUCUUCAGGCCGUGGAGGGAGGAGCAGGAAGGCCCUUCGCAGGUGUA